AUGCGUUAUUUCUACAAGACAUUACAGUCGGAUGAUAUUAUUUCAUCAAUAAGUAAUACAUUUGAGAAUAAAACGCACAGUGGUGUCGUCUUUUAUCUUGGAGAUGUUCUAGAAGCUACAAUGGACUAUCCUAAUAUCGAAAGUGGCGAGAGAAUGUGCCUGACAAUUGAGAAGGUUCCGGGAUCCCAGUUACAUCUAGCCGAAUCAUCUGCAGUAAAAAGUUGUCUAACCCAUGCUAACCUACUUGUAUGUAAAUCCGAAGUAGACAGUAGCAGCGUGACAAAUUACGAUGAUGAUUCGUACCCACAUAUGUGUAAUUUUGCGGAUGAUAAAUGGUUUGGUCCAUUGCCAAAAUGGAUUCUUGAUUUGAAGCAAAAAGCUGAAUUCAGACAAGACCAUAUAUGCCUAAAAAAACUUUUAUUCUAUAUCACAGCAGUAUGUUCUGGGCUAAUUAUCGUCGUUUUCAUCACAAGUACAUUAAUUUUGGCUGUUCGGUACAAAUGCCUGGUUCUAAAAAUGAAGAGAAAACAGAUUGGAACGGAUGGAAUCAACGUCUGGGCUCAAGGUUCAGAAAUAUCAUCACAAUGUCCUUUAGGUGGAACAGAUGGAAGAUUAGAUAUUCUAGCUGAUUCAGCGUUUCGUCGUGAUCUUAGUGGUUUCACAAGAGGAAGUUAUAAAGAAGCACUAGUUAAUAGCGGGUAUCAAAGAAUUUCAAAUGGACGAAUUAAAGACCUCCAUACAUCGGGAAAACCUUGA